GAGCCGGGCACAGGAAGCGCUGGGAGGCCCGAGCCGUCCCAGGGUGCCCCGCGCGGCGUGGACUCGGGCCGCUGCCGCCAUCCCGCUGGCGAGAGGGAGAGAGAGGCCCGCCCGCUCGCCGGUCGGGCCAGUGUGGGCCAGUGCGUGAGGGCGCGGGGGGCCGUGUCAGCGAGACGCAGAGCGCAGCCGCCACCACCAAACGGACAUGUUGGAGCCCAGCGCCGCCGCCGCCUCCUUUUCCUUAUCCUCCGAACGGGACUGAGAGGGGGCCCGCCACCCUCCGCCUCUGCCGCCCGCCCCGCCGCCUCGGCCGCAGCCUCUUCCUGCCCGGUCUCUGGCUCCGCCGCUCGUCGCCCCCCCACCCCCCCCGCCCCUCAGGCCCGGCCGGUUCCCCGGCCCCGCUCCGCCGCGGCGCGAGGUCUAUGUGACCGGCGGGCCCGGAGCAGCCGCCGCCGCAGCGCGAACAUGGACGCCGUCAACGCCUUCAACCAGGAGCUCUUUUCACUUAUGGAUAUGAAACCUCCCAUCUCUCGAGCCAAGAUGAUUCUUAUCACUAAAGCUGCUAUUAAAGCUAUUAAGCUUUAUAAGCAUGUAGUUCAAAUAGUAGAAAAGUUCAUCAAAAAGUGUAAACCAGAGUACAAGGUUCCAGGAUUAUAUGUAAUUGACUCAAUUGUGCGACAGUCUCGUCAUCAGUUUGGAACUGAUAAAGAUGUUUUUGGGCCAAGAUUCUCUAAAAACAUAACUGCCACAUUCCAAUAUUUAUAUCUUUGUCCAUCUGAAGAUAAGAGUAAAAUAGUUCGCGUGCUGAACCUUUGGCAAAAAAAUGGAGUAUUCAAAAUUGAAAUUAUUCAGCCUCUUUUGGACAUGGCAGCAGGAACUAGUAAUGCCGCUCCAGUACCAGAAAAUGUUACUAAUAAUGAAGGCUCACCUCCACCUCCAGUUAAAGUUUCUUCUGAACCCCCCCAAGCCACUACAAACUCUGUACCAUCUGUACCACAGUUGCCUAGCUCUGAUGCUUUUGCUGCUGUGGCCCAACUGUUUCAGACAACUCAAGGUCAACAGCUUCAGCAGAUCCUUCAGACUUUUCAGCAACCUCCAAAACCACAGUCUCCCGCCAUUGACAAUGCUGUGAUGGCGCAGGUCCAGGCUAUCACGGCUCAGUUAAAGACGGCUCCUGCACAGCCACCUGAACAAAAAGCUGCUUUCCCCCCGCCUGAGCAAAAAACUGCAUUUGACAAGAAGCUUCUUGAUAGAUUUGAUUAUGAUGAUGAGCCAGAAGCUGUGGAAGAAUCAAAGAAAGAAGAUGCUGCUGCCGCUGCAGCCACCGCCGCCGCCGCCGCCACGGCACCUGCUGUGGCUGUUGCACCAGCACCUGCUGCUGCCACACCGGCUGCCACGCCUGCCGCUUCCCCUCCUCAGGCACCCUUUGGGUUUCCUGGAGAUGGCAUGCAGCAGCCAGCAUAUACACAACAUCAAAACAUGGAUCAGUUUCAGCCUCGAAUGAUGACGAUACAGCAGGAUCCAGUGCACCAUCAGGUUCCACUUCCACCUAAUGGACAGAUGCCAGGUUUUGGCCUUCUUCCUACACCUCCAUUUCCUCCCAUGGCUCAGUCUGUGAUUCCUCCAACUCCACCCGUGCAGCAGCCUUUCCAAGCUUCUUUUCAGGCUCAAAAUGAACCACUUACACAGAAGACACAUCAGGAAAUGGAAGUAGAACAACCUUGUAUCCAAGAGGUUAAGCGACACAUGUCUGAUAACAGAAAGUCAAGAUCUAGGUCAGCAUCCAGGUCACCAAAAAGAAGGCGAUCUCGAUCUGGCUCUAGAUCGCGAAGGUCCCGUCAUCGACGUUCUCGUUCUCGGUCCAGAGAUCGACGCCGACAUUCGCCUAGAUCUCGGUCCCAAGAAAGGCGAGAUCGAGAAAAAGAAAGAGAACGCCGACAAAAAGGCCUUCCUCAAAUCAAACCAGAAACUGCAAGUGUUUGUAGCACUACACUCUGGGUGGGACAGCUGGACAAACGGACUACUCAGCAAGAUGUUGCAAGUCUCUUAGAAGAGUUUGGUCCAAUUGAAUCAAUUAAUAUGAUACCUCCCAGAGGUUGUGCCUAUAUUGUUAUGGUUCAUAGGCAAGAUGCUUAUCGUGCCCUGCAGAAACUGAGCCGCGGAAAUUAUAAAGUGAACCAGAAAUCCAUAAAGAUUGCCUGGGCUUUAAACAAAGGAAUAAAGGCAGAUUAUAAGCAGUAUUGGGAUGUAGAACUGGGAGUUACUUAUAUUCCAUGGGACAAAGUCAAGCCUGAAGAACUGGAGAGUUUUUGUGAAGGAGGAAUGUUGGACAGUGAUACACUUAAUCCAGAUUGGAAAGGAAUCCCCAAGAAGCAUGAAAAUGAAGUUGCUCAAAAUGGAGGGGCAGAAACCUCACAUACAGAACCAGUAUCACCUAUACCUAAACCUUUACCAGUGCCUGUCCCUCCUAUUCCUGUGCCCACACCUAUAACAGUGCCACCUCCACAGGUCCCACCACAUCAGCCGGGUCCUCCUGUAGUUGGUGCUCUCCAGCCACCCACUUUCACGCCUCCCUUGGGCAUUCCUCCUCCGGGUUUUGGUCCUGGUGUUCCUCCUCCACCUCCUCCUCCACCAUUUUUGCGCCCAGGAUUUAAUCCGAUGCAUCUGCCACCAGGUUUUCUUCCUCCUGGACCCCCACCUCCUAUAACUCCACCAGUAUCCAUUCCUCCUCCUCACACUCCACCAAUAAGCAUCCCAAACUCUACUAUCGCUGGUAUAAAUGAAGACACUACAAAAGACUUAUCUAUUGGAAAUCCCAUUCCAACAGUGGUGUCUGGGGCUAGAGGAAACGCCGAGUCUGGUGACAGUGUGAAAAUGUAUGGCUCUGCUGUGCCACCUGCUGCACCCACGAAUCUGCCCACCCCUCCUGUAACGCAGCCUGUUUCACUUCUUGGUACUCAAGGAGUUGCACCUGGUCCUGUAAUUGGGCUCCAAGCACCAUCCACUGGUCUCCUUGGUGCCCGACCUGGCCUAAUCCCACUUCAGCGCCCUCCAGGAAUGCCUCCACCUCAUUUACAGCGAUUUCCUUUGAUGCCACCUCGUCCCAUGCCACCGCACAUGAUGCAUAGAGGUCCACCGCCAGGCCCCGGGGGCUUUGGAAUGCCUCCACCUCAUGGAAUGAAAGGCCCCUUUCCACCGCAUGGCCCCUUUGUUAGGCCUGGGGGAAUGCCAGGGCUUGGGGGCCCGGGGCCAGGCCCAGGGGGUCCCGAAGACAGAGACGGGAGGCAGCAACAGCCACAGCCACAGCAGCCGCCACCGCCACAGCCACAGCCACAGCAGCCGCCACCAGCUCAGCAGCCGCCACCGGCUCAGCAGCAACCACAACCGUUUAGAAACGAUAACAGGCAGCAGUUCAAUUCAGGUAGAGACCAAGAGAGGUUUGGAAGAAGAUCUUUUGGAAAUAGGGUGGAAAAUGACCGGGAACGGUAUGGGAACCGUAAUGAUGAUAGAGAUAAUAGCAAUCGUGAAAGGAGAGAGUGGGGAAGAAGGAGCCCUGACCGGGACAGGCACAGAGACUUGGAAGAGAGAAAUAGACGCUCUAGUGGGCAUCGAGACAGAGAGAGAGAUUCUAGAGAUAGAGAGUCUCGUAGAGAGAAGGAAGAAAACCGAGGAAAGGAGAAGCCUGAGGUGACAGACAGGGCAGGUGGUAACAAAACCGUUGAACCUCCCGGUAGCCAAGUGGGAGACGUAGACACUGUUUCAGAACUUGAUAAGGGGGAGUCUGAGUCUGCAGUUGUAAAAUCUUCUGAAGAGUUACCUGCUGAGGCUACCUCAUCCGUUGAACCCGAAAAGGAUUCUGGCUCAGCAGCAGAGGCUCCUCGUUAGAGACUGGAAUUUGUCAAAAUGUGACAGUGACGCUUCUGGAGUGUAGAGCUUGAGGUGUACAGAUGCUGUAUUAUAUUUGCUCCUGCUAUAUCACAGCCCCGCAGUAGUUGGUGGGGAAUUGUAAGCAAUUUGAUUGCUUCCCUUCUAUUUAAAAAUAGCCACAAAAUAACAAAAAAUACUGAAAAUAUGAAUAAAUAUUACCCUUUUUGCUGUAACUUUUUAAAAGUUUUGACUUUAAAAAGUUUACAAAUCGUAAUUAGAAGUGCUCUCUAUUUUUUUUUUUUUUAAUUUAAGACAAGGUAACGGUGAAAGCUCCUCAAAACAAUAGGGAUGUUUUUAAUAAACUCUAUUUUCAUAACAAA